AGUGGCUGCUCUGGUAAUCCUACCUACUAAACCAUGGUUUGAGUCGUUUGACUGGCCUCUCUACAAGAUCUAGCUAAGCUGCGCCCUCUACCUCAGAUCUACAAAUCUACUACAUCCGGAACCCCAAAAGCUCCCGAUUUCGAUCAUUUGAGGAUGGAGUAGAAGAAACCAGCUGCUCCGAGUUGAAACUUGGAACUCAAGUGACCGGUAAUCACUGAUCAGCACAAGUGUCACACCGCAGUUGCAGCUGCUCUGUCCUUCUUUGAGAGCUUGGGAUUAUGGAGGCUGCAUUAGCGUCUGGGCUGUUGAAGGCUGCAGGCGGCAAACUAGUUUCACUUAUAGCCAGCGAGUUUGACUCCAUAAUGAGUGUGAAAAAAGACCUCUCCGAGCUGAAGGAAAUACUCGAACUGAUUGCAAGCCGGCUGCCUUCUCUUCAGGAAAGAGAAAUGGAGAGUAACCCAUCGUUUCCUUUGGUAAAGAAAUUGAAAAAUGUUGCUUAUGAUAUUGGUGAUUUAAUACAUGAUGUCCACCUAGAAGCUGAGAAACAAAUCAUCGAAAGCGGUGGUGAGAAGCAUGCUGUAGCUGACUGCUUCUGUGCCAAACCGAAGUCGUUUAUGUUUCGAUGCAAGAUAGCCCAUAAGAUCAAGGCAAUCAAGGUGAGGUUGGAUGAAAUCGUGAAGCAAACAAGCGACAUGAAUACUAUACUGCCAAAUUUACCAGUGGAUCAACCUGCUCCUUAUAGAAACAACGCAACUGCAGAGCUGAACUUGUUGGGUACUGCUGAGGAGUCGAAAAUACCUAGAAGGGAUCAGGAGAAGGAUAAAAUCAUAUCUAAGCUUGUAGAAUCUAAUGAAGGAGAUAAUGUCUUGAUAGUUUCUAUCAUCGGGUUAGGCGGUUCCGGCAAAACUACUUUGGCCAAGCACAUAUGCCAAGACGAAAAGAUUAAAAAGCACUUCAAAGAGACAAUAUUCAGGGUCCAUGUGUCCCGGGAAUUUGAUUUGGACAGGCUUAUUGGCAAGUUAUUUGAAGAUAUCACUAAGGAAAAAUCGGAUCUUCAGUCCCGGCCACAUAUGGUCGAUGAGAUUUCAAAGAAGCUGAGCAAUAACAAGUUUCUUCUUGUCUUAGAUGAUGCUUGGAAUAAGAACAGACUUGAGUGGGAACAAUUUGUGUGUCAUGUAAACAGAGGCACACCUGGAAGCAGGGUCCUGCUAACUACUCGUGAUCAAAAGGUUGCAGAAGCAGUGGAAUCUUGGUAUAUCCUGAACUUGAACUUCUUGUCAGAGCCUGAGAGCUGGGGCUUUUUCCUGAAGAUUUCUGGGUGGACAGAGGAAGAAGGCUCUGAGCUUAUACAAGUUGGAAAAGAUAUUGUGAAAAAAUGUGGUGGGGUGCCUCUAGCAAUCAAAAUUCUUGGAAGUGUUCUCCGUGGCAAGAGUGAAAUAAGUACAUUGAGGGCUAUAAGGGGAAGUAGUUUAUGGAAUGAAGAGGAUAUAGAAGAACAAGUGUUUGCAUCCUUGAAAUUGAGCUACAUUCACUUGGAAAAUCAUCUGAAGCCAUGCUUUACAUUCUGCUCUAUAUUCCCAAAAGGCUACAAAAUCAACAAAGACCACUUGAUUGCCCAGUGGAUAGCUCAUGGAUUUGUCAAUCCGCAGAAUGAAGAUCGACCAGAAGAUAUUGGAAGUGAAUACUUUGAUUCUCUUGUGAAAGUUGGUUUUCUUCAAGAUUCACUUGAAAAUUGGUAUAACGAAGAACCAAUAUACAAGAUGCAUGACUUGGUUCAUGAUCUUACUCGAAAAAUUUUACAGCAUGAAAUGGGGACGUCCCUACAGAGGAAUAUUCCUACAGAUUGUACACACAGAUGCAGAUAUUUCUCUUUGACGUCAUGCACUCAGAAGUUUGACAAGGGCUUAUUUGACAAGGUCCGUGCUCUAUAUGUUUCUGAUGGUAACCCAUCGUUGGACAAACAAGUUAAGAAGAAUUGUUAUAUCCGCAGUGUUGUUCUGGACUAUACAAUUGAUACUCCAUUUCCACUGUUCAUAUUGAAGUUUGAAUAUCUCGGAUAUCUCGAAAUCCGCAAUUUUAGUUGCAUACAACUUCCAGAAGCUAUCUCAGGCUGUUGGAACUUGCAGGCACUUUAUUUUAUUAACUGUAAAGGUUUUGUGACAUUACCCAAGUCUAUUGGGAAGCUUAAGAAGCUAAGAGCUCUAGAGCUGAAGCAGAUUAUUGAUCUUGAGAGUUUGCCUCAGUCUAUUGGUGAUUGUCGAGGUCUUCAAUAUUUGAAACUAUAUUCCUGUGACAAGCUCAGACAGAUACCAAAUUCCAUUGGUAAAAAUGAAAACCUAAGGGUGCUUCAAAUUGUCAACUGUACAUAUGUGCAACAACUGCCAAAUACAUUUGCUUCUCGUAUGUUACGUACUCUAAACCUAUCUGGAACCGGAGUAACCACACUACCUGAAUGGGUCACAUUGAUUGGUACUCUAGAAUGUAUAGACCUUCAGUAUUGCAGGAUGCUAGUGGAGUUGCCUAGAGGUAUAGUGAACUUAAAAAGGCUGGAGGUUCUGAACAUAUAUGGUUGCUGGAACUUGCGUUGCAUGCGGUCAGGGUUUGGACAGCUGACUCGUUUAAAAAGGUUGGGCUUGUUUGUUGUUGGGUGUGGCGGAGAUGGUGCAAGGAUCUCAGAGCUUGAAAAUCUUGAUAUGCUAAGUGGUAAAUUUGAAAUUAAGAACCUUAAAUAUUUGACGGAUCCAGGUGAUGCAGAGAAGGCUUGCUUGAAGCGGAAGAAUAACAUACAGAGUUUGGAGUUGAACUGGUCUUUAUGGGGAAGGGAAGAGUUAGUAUCAGAUAUGGAAAAAGACCUAGGUGUGCUGGACGCCCUUGAACCGCCAUCGGAAAUUAAGAUGUUAGAAAUUUGUGGUUAUCGAGGUCACCAUUUGCCAUGUUGGAUGAAGAAGCAAAGUGAUUCUUCUUAUUUGGAAUCCAAACCACCUCAAUUCUUCUGUCUAACUCGAUUGACACUAAGGUACUUACCCAACUUGGAGGAGCUGUGGACUACAACAAAUGGUUUGGAAAUUGGGGAGGAAGAAGUGGGUGAGCAAUAUUGUUUCCCUGUCUUGUCCCAUCUAGACAUAACGUGCUGCCCGAAAUUGAUUGUGGAGCCCUACUUCCCACCAUGUCUGGAGUCGUUGACAUUGGAAAAAUGCAACGAUCAGCUGCUAUCCCCAGGUCGCUCAUUCUUCCGUUUGCUUCCUCCACAUGUCGACGAACCCUCGUCCUCCAGCAGAGUGCUUGGCGCGGUUCCUCACCUCAAAGAACUAACACUAGAAAGCAUGACGGCAUCAUCAAUUGAUUGGGGAUUCCUGCAACACCUCAUUGGACUGGAAUCCUUGCAAAUUUUAGGCUGCAAUGACCUGACGGAAUUACCUGAGAGCAUGCGGGGCCUCACCUCCCUCCAGAGCUUGUGCAUCGGCGAAUGCUCCACCCUUGCCGUGCUGCCCGAGUGGCUUGGCGAACUGAGCUCUUUAAAAUCUCUGUGGAUCUCCGGGGCCCCAAUGAUGGCCAGCCUCCCUCAGUCGAUUCAGCACCUCACCUCCCUUCAAAAGCUCUCUUUGCUAGACCUCUCUGCGUUGACCGUGCUGCCUGAGACCUUCGAACAACUCUCCGCACUUUGGCAGCUUAAUAUCGAAGAUUGCUCUGCCCUUCAGUCCCUGCCCCGCUCCAUAAAACGCCUUGCUGCUCUCCAUCGAUUGGUCAUUCAUGGCUGCCCUGAUUUGGCUAGGCGUUACAAGGAAGGAGUGGGGGAAGACUGGCAGCUUGUCUCCCAUAUUCCUGAAGUGUUUAUUUUUUGAUUCGUAUCCUUGGUACGUUCUACCUGUUACUAAUUAAUUCCGGCAAUUUGUUUACUCGUAGAGUCCAUCUUGUUUUGCGAAUGUUCCAGGUCCAUGCUACUUUUUUUUCUGGUAGAGUCCUAGUGGAAGGAGAUAAUGGCUUUCCAAUUUGUCUUUCCACACAGUUUGCAU